CUCUUACCUCGAACAGAGCUCCCCUUCUCUUUUCCUUAUAAAACUUCCAUAAUCUAUCAUAACUUCCUCUUCUCUCUCCAACUCUCUCUCUCUCCUCAUGCUCUUAUGCACUUGGAAGAAAGCUGUGCUUAUUAGAAACAUGUAAAAGGAGAAAAGACACAUUGUUGGUGGGGUUAUCUCUCUCCCUGUCUCUCCAUAAAUACAGAGCUCAGACCCUCCUUAUACAAACAUUUUGUUCUUUGAUUUUCUAUCUGUACAACAACAAUGAAGAUGAAUUGGGUCAUUUCACUUCUUAUAUUUCUGGUUUUAUUUGGUGGGUUCUCAUCAGUUUCAGCCACUCCACCUGCAAAAAUUGUUAGUGGGGUCGUUUCAAAUCUUGUGUCGGUGGUUUUUAAAUGGAUGUGGUCAUUAAAACCCAACACAAAAACAGGCUUUGGUUAUUCGGCAGUUUCUAGUCGUUCAAUGAUGAAAUUUGAAGGUGGUUACACUGUUGAGACUGUGUUUGAUGGAAGCAAACUUGGGAUUGAACCUUAUGCAAUUGAGGUGUCCCAAAGUGAUGAACUUCUGGUUUUGGAUUCUGAAAACAGUAAUCUUUACAAGAUCUCUACUCCGUUGUCGCGGUAUAGUCGGCCCAAGCUGAUUGGUGGAUCACCUGAAGGGUACUCUGGGCAUGUGGAUGGGAGGUCAAGAGAAGCACGGAUGAACCACCCGAAAGGGCUUACUGUAGAUGACAGGGGAAACAUCUAUGUCGCGGACACCUUGAACAUGGCAAUCAGGAAGAUCAGUGAUGCAGGGGUUGUCACAAUAGCUGGAGGGAAAUGGGGCCAAGGAGGAGGUCAUGUGGAUGGUCCAAGUGAAGAAGCAAAGUUCUCGAACGAUUUUGAUGUGGUUUAUAUCAGAAGUAGCUGCUCUCUUUUGGUUGUAGACAGAGGAAACCAGGCAAUUCGAGAGAUUCAACUCCAUGAAGACGAUUGUGCCAACCAUUACGAUGGUAAUUUCCAUUUAGGGAUAGCAAUGCUUGUUGCGGCUGCAUUCUUUGGUUACAUGAUGGCCUUGCUGCAACGUAGAAUCGGAGCCAUGUUUUCAUCCCGUAGUGAUCCUAGAACUUCAAUGAAGAAAGGCAUACCACCACCACCAUAUCAAAGGCCUCCGAACUCUGUCAGGCCCCCCAUAAUUCCACCCGAAGAUGAAUAUGAAAACACAGAAGAGGGCUUAUUUAGUUCAUUGGGGAGACUUUUUCUCAACACCGGCUCAACUGUGUUUGAUAUCUUUGGGGGAUUGUUUUCCAGAAAAAAACCGGUCCACCAACAAAUCCAACAGCAAUAUUACCAGCAUCCCACAAAACAAUCAAACACUUGGCCUAUGCAAGAGAGCUUUGUGAUCCCAAAUGAAGAUCAACCCCCACCACUUGAAACCAGAACCCCUACAACAAGAAAAACCUACCCUUUUAUGACCAAGGACCCCGAGAAGACUCGUCCCUUCAAGCAAAGCCGGACUUUUCAUAGCGGUUGGAAUGGCGAUUUCAACCACCAGCAACAGCAGCAGCAGCAGCAGCACUUUCAGCAACAGCAGCAGCAACACCACCAACAGCAUCAUCAGAGGCAUUACUCAUCUGGCCCUCAGACUUGUUACGAGCAGAGCUGCGAAACGAAUGAGAUUGUGUUUGGAGCAGUUCAAGAACAGGAUGGGCGCCGCGAAGCAGUGGUGAUUAAGGCUGUUGAUUAUGGUGAUCCUAUUUAUAAUAAUCAUAAUAUUCGAUCCCGAUAUAAUUACAUGGGUUACUCUUAUGGCUAUUGAUCAUCUGUGCACCUUCAUAUCAUCAAAUUAUAGAGAAGAAUGUAUAUGAGAUAUGAAGAUUAGAAUGUGGAAGAUCAACGUAGAAGCAGAGCAAUGAUGUUCUUCAUUUUUUUUUUUUUUUUUUUCUAGGAGUCAUAGUUUUUCCUCAAUGAAUGGAUGUGUAAGAAGGUAUCUAAAAGUGUAAGAGGAUCUUAUCUCCU